AUGUAUAUAUGCGACACGAUACUGGGAGGUGGUGCCUUUGGGGUGUGCUAUAAGGCAAUCGCAGAUUAUGACGAGUUCGUCCUGAAAGUAUCGUACUGCCCUCCCGAGAAACCUAACAGGAAGGUGGUGGCAACGAACGAAGCUCGAAUCUUGUCUAUGUUGCACCACCGGCACAUCAUCCAGUCCCACGAUAGCUUCGAGGUGGGCAACCUGACGAUCCUUGUGCUCGACCUAUAUGAAGGAGGAGAUUUAUAUGAGAAAUUGGCGCGCAGAAAGGCCAAGGAGAAAAUGUUGGGUCUUCCCGAAGAGGACGUCUCUAGGUGGAUGUGGCAAGUCCUCGAGGCGUGUAUCUAUCUCCAUGAUGAACUUGGCGUGGUGCACAGGGACUUGAAGCCAUCCAAUAUUCUCUUGGAUGCUCAAGGAAACGCCCGAGUGGCCGACUUUGGACUCAGUUUCUCUCCGUCGCAAGGUCUAAAGUGCGACUGUGCCGGGACGCCAGGGUUUUGGGCUCCAGAGGUCAUCGCAAAAGAGAUGUAUGGCCAAGAAGUCGAUGUAUUCUCGUUCGGUGUGAUGGUCCGUCAGCUACUUUACGGGAUACACCCUGAGAGCAGGACUGAACUGCGGUGGGGAAGCGUUGCAGCAACGAAGCUAAUCGAAGACUGCAUGAGAUCCCAGUACAACCGAGUAUCAUUCGCCGAGUUGCGAGGAUACGAAUUCUUCGCUCGCUGGAGGAGGAUCACGAACGUCAAUGGUAAGCGACCCCAGAGGAACAACGACACCAAUGAGGACCCCAGGAAGCGUUCGGCACAUUCGCCCUCGUCACCUCCGCACAUGGAUCCAAACAUUAUACCAAACCCGUCCGCCAUGGUUCCAAACACUACACCAAACCCGUCUGCUUCAGUGUCCGCCUCCGUGUCCGCUAGCGCCCACGCUGUCGCCUCGACCCCCGAGGCUGUUUCUGAGCUGGUUGAGGAGCUGGUUGACCUCCCUCACAUCCCGACUACCCAAGAUGAAAUGCCAUUCUGGAUGGCAUUGAUCACGCCCGACCCCGACCUAUCGUUCAUGGUCGCCGUCGCCCAGUUGGAUCCCCUGAACGAUCCUUUGGGUUUCCAUGUGGGUGAGGACCAGCAGGAACUCACUGACUUUGCGUUCCUGGACCAGCCCAACGGUACCCACGAGCAGUGA